CGCCGGCCGAUCUCCCAGCCGUCGGCCCCCGCGCCCGCCUUCGGCCGUCACCCCCACCCCCGCAGAGGACCGACUGCCCAGACCGCCGGUCCCGGGGCUCCCUGGGCGUGGCGGAUCCCAGGGAGCCCCCCGACUGCCUCCCCGAGCUGGGUGGGGAAAGGGAUCUUAGCCCGCCGCCGCCUCCGAGCGGGCCGCCAGGACUCCGGAGGCCGGAGAUGGGCGCCCGGCCCUCGCGGCGACGGCUGCCCGCGGACCCGCCCCUAGCCUUGGACGCGCUGCCCCCGGAGCUGCUGGUGCAGGUGCUGAGCCACGUGCCGCCGCGCGCCCUGGUGACGCGCUGCCGCGCUGUGUGCCGUGCCUGGCGCGACGUGGUGGACGGGCCCACCGUGUGGCUGCUGCAGCUGGCCCGCGACCGCAGCGCCGAGGGCCGCGCACUCUACGCAGUGGCCCAGCGCUGCCCGCCCAACAGCGAGGACGAGGAGUUCCCGCUCUGUGCCCUGGCGCGGUACUGCCUGCGCGCGCCCCUCCGCCGCAACCUCAUCUUCAACUCCUGCGGAGAGCAGGGCUUCAGAGGCUGGGAGGUAGAGCACGGCGGGAACGGCUGGGCCGUGGAAAAGAACCUAACACUGGUGCCGGGGGCUCCUUCCCAGACCUGCUUCGUGACUUCUUUCCAAUGGUGCUUCAAGAGGCAGCUUGUAGACUUGGUGAUGGAAGGAGUGUGGCAGGAGCUGCUGGACAGUGCCCAGAUCGAGAUCUGUGUGGCCGACUGGUGGGGUGCCCGAGAGAACUGUGGCUGCAUCUACCGGCUCCGGGUCCGCCUCCUGGAUGUGUAUGAAAACGAAGUGGUCAAGUUCUCGGCCUCACCCAACCCGGUCCUUCAGUGGACGGAGAGAGGCUGCCGACAGGUGUCUCAUGUCUUCACCAACUUUGGCAAGGGCAUCCGCUACGUGUCUUUUGAGCAGUAUGGGAGGGACACACGUUCCUGGGUGGGCCACUAUGGCGCCCUCGUGACCCACUCCAGUGUGAGGGUCAGGAUCCGCCUGUCCUAGCCGACCAGGCUGAUCCAGCCUUCCAGAACAUACUGCCAUUUGCCGGACAUCAUCAUCAGUCAAGGGCAGCUUUGCAGCUGGGAGUCGGGUGCCUGUGGACAGUGGGGGUCCCAUGUGGCCCAUUCCCGGUGGCCCUCCGGUGAACCCUACUUGCUGCUGCUUUGGCAUGGUGGCCCACACGCUGUGCAAGAAACCAGGGAUCCAACCAGGCUGCUCACAAUUUCCCCAGCUUCCCAGGGUGUGGGAAGUCACUCAAGAGUAACUCAAGAAAUGUUUACUUUGCUUGCAAUUGUUUUCUUACACGUGUGGAUGUUAAUUGGUGGACCGAGUCAAAAAACAAAGGCCAAACCAGGGUUUGUAACAGUGGGGGACAGUGACUCCUGUCUGCAUAUUUGUGGGGUAAGCCGACUGCCCAGCAGGGAGCAGAGGUUAGGAGGGGCAGUCUGUCCUUGAGGUCACCAACAGGGGCAUCAAAGGGAACCCUUUCUGUAGUCUUGGGGGUCUCUGGGACUCAGAUGUGAGGCCUACGUGACCUCCUCCAGCACCACCUAUCAGCACCUGCCCUUUGAGCCUGGCUGGUGCCAUUUCUUUCAGAACUCCGGAGAUCCUGCUGAUCCCCAAACCAUGACCCCCCCCCCCCCACCUCCUGCCUCUACGCCAGGGGCAGAUCCCCUCCCACUGGGCAAGACUCCUUUUCUCCACUCUCUUGCAUUCAGACUCCAAGAGCAAGGCGUGCCACAGGGAAAGGGCUCAUGCCUGCCUCCCUGGCGUCUCCUGCUAUUUCCCCGGCUGGGCACAGCCAACAAACUGGCUCAAUAAAAUCGGUGCUAAAUGUGAAACCAUGGGGGACUUUUGUCUGUAAUCAAUGCACUGUCUGCCCCCAGCCCUAAUCCUAAAAGGCCUAUGGGAGGUUUCCAAUCGUGAGAACUUCAGGAGGCGUGCUAAGCUCCAUGCGGGAAAUGGAGGGCAGGCAGUUAUUUAUUCGGUCCAGGAGGAAACAAGUUCAGUUUCAGUGACCUGCUCAAGGUCACCUGGCCAGUAAGCAGGGAAGGCAGGACUUGCACAGAGCCCAAUGAUGGAAGGACGGCUCCCAGUGGCCACGCAUGUGAUCAGGUGAGGUCAGUAUUACUCUCGGUGCCAUUUCCCGAGGGAGGAAACUGAGGCCCAGAGGGGGAAACACGUAUAUUCAAAGUCAGAGAACAAAGGAGAGAGAGCGAGGACUCGGACCCAGGUGUGUGUGAGUCUGGAAAUAACCUAGAGCAGCAGCUCCCAGGCAGGCAGCAGCGCGUGCCCUCCGAGCCUUUCAACACCCCUUCCACAGAUAAGCCUGACAGCCGGGCUGUCCUUGCCCAGAUCCUGGGCCUGCAGGAAAGGGAAAUGGGCCUCAGUGCUGCCUACCUGACUCC